AUGUAUGUGUCUCGCAUUGAAAACGUACGUGCAGCUCCAUGGGAAUCGGAACCGGAAUCAGGAUGUUACUACAUGUUCCAGCACUACAACGAAGGUGACCGGAUCAUCACGAACGAGCCUUGCCUCAACUGCACCUGCCACGACUCGAUGCUCAUGUGCUUCCUCAAGGUCUGCCCGUUUGCCAAGCCCAUCGGCCAGCACUGCCAGAUCGAGAAACGGCCCGAUCAGUGUUGCCCCAUCAUUACUUGUCCCGAACUUCCGGUGCCCAUCAUGAGCAUGAACAUGACCUUGCCGGCCAUCGGUGGUGAUGGCUCAUCGUCGCCGUCAUCGCCAUCGACGUCAGGCACCGUGACGACGACGUUCCGACCUCCGCAAACGGUGGUGACGCCAUCGGGCAGCGUCAAUUUACCCGACUCCGAGGGCUGCAUGAUCGACGGCAAAUUCUACGGAGACGGCGCCCAGGUGCCGUCGGAUCCCAGCAAGCCGUGCGACCUUUGCUACUGCAUCCGCAACCACACGGCCUGCGUCAUGCAAGAGUGCGUCCUCCAAGUGGACGGAUGCUCACCAGUCCUCUUGGACGGCGUCUGCUGCCCGGUGCGCUACGACUGCGACGCGGCCAACUUGACGAGCAGCAGCAGCUCGACGACGCCCGUACCCGCUGGCGGAGGCCAAUUCGGCUGCACGCUGGACGGCCAGUCGUACAGCGACGGCGACUUUGUGCCGUCGGCCAACCCGUGCGAUUAUUGCUACUGCAUGCACGGUGAUAUCGUCUGCGCCGUCCAGGAUUGCGCCCAUCCGCUGGAGUACUUUUCCACCGAGUGCAAGCAGGUGGCGAAAAGCAACCCGGCCCAGUGCUGUCCGACCUACGAGUGCGGAGCCGUCUCUCCGCCACCUCUGCCCGGCGGCGGCGGCGUCGUCGUCGUCGACGGUGAGGAAGACGCUACGACUGUUUCGGCUGUGACGGAGAGCGGUCCCAUCUCUUCGACGUCGUCUGUUCCGGCUACUGCAUCAUCGGCUCCAGCUACGGCAUCGUCCACUCCUGCUAGUUCGUCAUCCGUUCCGGAAGAAUCGACUGUCUCUGCCUCUGAAGGAUCGGCAUCUGCUUCAGGAGAGCCUGUUUCUGAAGGAUCUUUGGUCUCAUCCGCCGCGGAAGAAUCGACUGCGUCUGCCUCCUCUGAAGAACCAGCGUCGUCCGUCUCGGAAGGAUCUUUAGUCUCAUCUGUUGCAGAAGAAACGACCGUGUCUACCUCAGAAGAAGCGGCAUCGUCCGUCACAGAGGCACCCGUCUCAUCCGUUGGCCAAUCGUCUACGGCGUCCGUUUCAGAAGGACCCGUUUCAGAAGGACCCGUUUCGUCGGCGGCACCCCAAGAAUCCACGGCUUCCGUUUCGGAAGAAUCGUCAGUCUCGUCGGCCACGGAAGAUUCGACGGCAUCCGCCCCAGAAGGAUCACCGGAAGAAUCGACUGCUUCCGUCUCAGAAGGAGCCAUUUCAUCCAGCACUGAAGAACCGACAGUUUCCGUCUCGGAAGGACCGGCUUCGUCCAGCACAGAAGGAGCCGUCUCGUCGGCCACGCAAGAAUCUACAGCCUCUGUUUCAGAAGAAUCCGCCACAUCCGUUGCCGAAGAAGAAGAAAGCGCCACACCUGCACCCGAAGAUGUCAAGCCGCCCGUCUCGCAAGAAGCAGCCACAUCCGCUCCGCUAGAUACGACUCCAUCGGAUGUUGACGAAGCAACGGAAGAGGCCGACCCAUCGAGCAGCAGCAGCAGCGGCAGCGGCGGCAGUGCCACAGUAGCGCCGUCGAUCGCCCCAGAAGAAGACAUCAAGACGACACCGCUGGAGCAGACCAAUGGCGCCACUGUCGCCCCAUCCGAACCCAUCGACGCGGCCCCUCCUGCCACCACCGACGCUCCGUCGUCGUCCUCCUCCUCCUCCUCCUCCUCCAGCUCGUCGACUGAAGCGCAAGAAGAGGACGUAGUCACUGCCAUCCCUUCAUCGUCGUCGUCGUCCACGUCCGGCCCCGAAUCGCAAUCGCAAUCUGAAAGCGAAGUCGAAGGAUCUGGAAGCGUUUCGUCUGAAAGUCCCGCUCCGACUGACCCCUCCGAAUCGGCCGAACCGGCCACAACAACCGAUGAUGAGACGACGGACGAGAACGUCGUCACCGAAGAUGCCUUCGCCAACAGCACUGGCAGCACUCCGGCACCACUGCCUUCGACAUCGACGGCAUCGGCAGAGGAGACGACCGACCCAUCCGAUUCCGUCGCCAGCGUCGCCACGACGCUCGCCCCUCAAGCCGAAACCGAUGGUGGCAGCACCACCGACGACGACGAGGUGGCGCCGACAAUCUCCCCGCAAGGAGGCCCAGACUCGACACCGCCGCCGCCUGAAUCUCUAGUGACUGACGCCUUCGAGUCUUCUUCGACCGAGCAGCCGGAUCAAGGCGGAGACGUCCACACGUCGUCGACGACGAUUGCUGGUGGACCGGAUUCCAUCCCACCAUCGGCCACUGAAGCGCUAGGAGGAGAUGAGCAGCCAACGGAUGCCCCCUCCGUUCCAGUCGUUUCGACGCCGAGCUCUGAACUGGAAGCCAAGCCGACCGAACAAGAAACGCCUGCCACCGACAGUGCGGAAGGAAUCAGCAGCAUUAUUAGUAGUAGUACUACUACUACUACUACACCGGCUUCCGAAAUCGAAACGGACGGCCCUAGCACGGACGGCCCUAGCACGGACGGCCCUAGCACGGACGGCCCUAGCACGGACGGCCCUAGCACGGACGACGCUAGCGCCGAAACGUCCACCGACGCCCCGCAAGAAAUCGCAACCGGAUCGUCUUCGCUUGCGCCAGCCACUGACUCUGCCGUAACGGAUGCGCCCUCGUCCGGUGCUGCUGAAGAGAGCGAGAAACCCACCGGCCAACCGGAAGAACCCGUCCACGUCACGGAAAUCGAUCCGCUGCCCGUCACCGAGCCCAGCCUUCCCAUCGGCGAAUCGUCGACCGACAGCGGCGCUCCAGUGCCCACCGACAGCGGCGCUCCAGUGCCCACCGACAGCCAACAGCCGUCGUCCAGCAGCACGGAAGAAUCUGCGUCCAGCAGCAGCAGCACAGCCACACCAGUCCCCUCCGCCACGGAUGCCGAAGACUUGGAGCAAGUGACGGAAAGCGGAAGCACGUCGGCCCCUCAGGAAGAAACGUCUGAAGAAACAUUGGCCACGACGUCCGUACCGGAAGCGGAAGCGUCGGCCGCAACGGCAGCGCCUUCUAGCCACAACACGGUGCCGCAAACGGCCGCCUCCACCUUAGAGACGGAAGCGCCGACGGUGACGGACGACUCGUUCACGACGCCUUCGACGGACACGAGCGCCAUCCCUGGCGAGGGCAGCUGCCUGUUGAACAACGUGACGUACGCCGAUGGGGCCGACGUGCCGGUGCCCAGCCCGUGCCAGCAGUCGUGCUCGUGCGAGUCGUCCAUCAUCCGCUGCGUCAUCGUCGAGUGCCAGGAGAAGCCCGACCACAUGCCCAACUGCAGGCCCGUCUUUUCGCCGGACAAGUGCUGCCCGCAUUUCGAGUGCGACGAAGACGGCAGUGGCCAAGAACUUACGGAGCCGCCUACCACUUUGAUUCCAGACGAUGCGGCGGCAUCCAGCUCUUCGACGCCUGCCACUGCUGCCACUGCUGGCACUGCUGGUUCCGGUGCGGAAGAGAGCGUCGUUUCCAGUUCAGCCAAACCAGAAGAAGAAGAAGAAGAAGAAGAGGCCGAAACGGACGAUACGACGAGCACAGUCGAAUCCGAAUCCAGCGGCACCACUAGCACCGUCACCACCACAACUGGCCAACCGAUCGCCGUCACGGAUGCCGAGGAAGAAUCCGCACCGGCUACAGACGCUCCGUCGGCGUCGUCGACCUCUUCUCCAGAUGCCACUCCAUCACAAACGGAUGUCUCCUCUUCCGGCCAAGAGACUUUGGAAACGACAUCGACAGAGUCGUCGCCGGCGUCCAGCACAGACGACGCUGACGCUGACGUCACUAGCUCUUCAUCAUCAACCGGAAGCGAAUCACCAUCUGAAACGUCGGACAAACCUGAGGGGUCAGAGGCGGCCGCAACGGACGCCACUGCCGUCGAUGAAUCGACCGAAUCAGCCCAAGUACCGUCGUCGACUGACGAUUCGAGCCCAUCGGUCGAUGCGUCCGUAACGACGCCACCAUCCGAAAUCGACUCUGGCUCGCAAGUGUCUUCGACGGCCGAACCGACCGACGCUGGAUCCGACGUCUCGUCCGCCAGCAGCGGCAGCAGCAGCGGCAGCAGCAGCAGCACUACUGAGGCGCCUUCCACAGAAUCGCAAUCGGCCACGGAACCGUUGGACUUUGAGAUCGAAACGCAACCGCCCGGCACGGCCAGUCCCACUAUCGAAUUGAGCGGCCCCUCCAUCGGAACGACUUCUGUCGCACCUGCAACCGACGCCGAUGACGAAACGCUUUCCAGUAGCAGUUCCAGCCCGUCGUCGACAUCCGCCCCGCAAACGACUGACUCUGCUGCUUCCGGUGAGAUCGAAGGAUCCGGAUCUGAAUCUGGAUCUGAAUCUGGUUCUGCAACUGAAUCUGAAUCUGGUUCUGCAACUGAAUCUGAAUCUGGUACUGCAACUGAAUCCGCAUCUGAAGCUGCACCUGAAUCGGAAUCGAGUGGCGUGCCUGUCGUGACGGUGGCAACGCCGCAAGAAGAGACGAGCACAUCGGAACUGGAAGCGUCGCCGUCUGUCUCGCCAGUUGCAACGACCGACUCUUCCGCACCUGCUGAAUCCGUUUCUGAAUCUGGGCCCGAAUCGACUGCUGCUGCUGCUGCAACUGAAUCGGAUGGAUCUUCGUCGUCAUCAGCAUCAGCUGGGGUAACUGCCUCAUCGACCGAGGCCACGUCGUCGUCUGAAUCUGAAGACUCGACUGCGACGCCCGAAGGAUCAGAGGAAGUUGGCCCAACCACCGAAUCAGUGCCCGCCGCUGUUGCCGAAACGAGUUCGACGGAAGGUUCUGCCGUACCGGAAACGAGUUCGACGGAAGGUUCUGUCGUUCCAUCGACUGGAAGCGAAUGGCAAGAGACUGACGCACCCCAAGUUGGCGGCUCAUCGACCGAAUCAUCUGCCUUAGUUCCAGCAACCGAAUCGGAAGCCAUCGCCACUGCGGCCCCUGAAUCGACCGGAUCUACCAGCGCGUCGCAAGCUCCUUCCGACGCACCCACGGAUUCGGCGGACGCGACGACACCUGAAGCGGCCGCACCGGCCGAAACCACCGACACGGCCCCUUCCCUCUCGUCGACGGAAGCAUCGCCAGCCUCAUCCACUGAAUCGAGUGAAUCGGAGCCGGCCGCCACACCGCAAUCUGCCGACGCUACGACGCAAGACUUUUCGUCUUCUUCUUCUUCUUCUCCUUCUCCAACUGCCGUUGAUUCCGGUGUUUCGUCGUCGUCGUCGUCGUCGUCGUCGUCGACGCUGUCUCCAUCCACUGAAGCGGAAUGGGAAGCAACGACGCCAUCCGUGUCAUCGGCUUCGACUGAACAAGUUGCUCCUUCCUCUUCCACGUCCGAAUCAGCGGCCACUGAAGACGCUUCGUCAUCUCCUUCCGACGCCGCAUCUGCCACCGAAGAUCCAUCUUCCGCAUCGCAAUCUGUAGGAUCUAGCACGGAUGGUGCAUCGACAUCCGCGGCGGCCGAAUCUAGCGCUUCGCCAACCACACAAGCUGCUUCCUCAUCCGCACCGGAAUCUGAAGGACCCACCACUACUGCCACUUCAGAAUCCGGUCCCAUUGCCGAAUCGACGCCAGCAGCUCCCGUUUCGUCCUCAUCGGAAGGCGAAUCCGUCGCAUCGACGACCUCAGCCGCUCCAGUUGACGCAUCGACCGAAGCUUCUCAAACCGUUGCUGCUGGAACCGGUGAAACGGACGAGCCUACGCCAUCAGAAUCGGACGUCGUCAGCGGAGCGACCCAAGCUCCCAGCGUCGGAUCUACCAGACCAUCGCUGUCGGUCGGAUCCGGUGGAUCAACUCGGCCCCCAUUCAGCCCCGCUGAGCCCAGCACGACGGCCGAGCCUGACAUCGCGCCCGUCUCAUCCACAGUUGAAGCCGAAGCCGCCGUCACCACCACCGUCACCACCACCACCACCACCAGCAGCAGCAGCCCGGCAGUACCCAUCGAAUCGAGCACGACAGCCGCCACCGCUAGCGCUGGCGCCACCGUCUCUGAGGUUCCGUUGAGCUCCAGCAGCAUCGACGCCGGCAAUUUGGAAACGUCGUCUGGCCCCACUUCGCCGGCCACGCCGACCGACGUGGAGGAGACGGAAAUUGCUCCGGGCGCCUGCCUCUUUGACGGCAAGGUCUACGUCUCUGCCCAGCAGAUCCCCCGCGACGACCACUGCGAUUUCUGCUUCUGCUUCCGCGGCGACAUCAUCUGUCUCCAGCAAUCCUGCCCGCCGCCCAUCCCUGGCUGUCUCGAGGAGAACAUCGCCGGCUUCUGUUGUCCGCGCUACGAGUGUCCCGUCCGCCAAGUGACGCACAACGUCACCUGGCAUUCGGGCGACCACCGCAACAACCCGGCCGCCCUGGCCGGCGCCUUGGCCGGCAUCCCGCAGGGAUUCAACGUCGAACUGUCUGAUGGCGUCCAAGAUGGCGACCAGGUCGAGGUCGAAGGUUGCGAAAUCAAAGGAGAAUUCUACCGCUUUGGCGAACUGGUUGGACCCGCAUCCGGACCUUGCCUCGAAUGCCGAUGCGGCAAGGGCGGUAUGAUGGAGUGCGACCCUCGCGAAUGCCAACCGGAGCCGACGCUGAGAAAAGUCAUGGCGCUGGCGGCUUCACGCCGUCGUCGGCACGUCGACGCCGACGGUCUCGUCUGGAUCGGUGGCAAACCGAGAAGGCAUUGAGGGGGUGAGAGGAACCCAUUCGCGCGUCUCACUCUCUCUCUCUGUGCGUCUGUGCCUCGAUGGUCCUCCCCCCCCCCCCACCUCUUUAUUUUUUUUUAUUUGAAUUUUUUUUUUAUUACCCAACAUUCCCGCCACAAACAAUCCAGCCACGUCACGCGUUCCCCUCCUUGACUUUCCAAAACGACCACUUGCGGAAUUUGAUGUGACUCUUCUUUUUUUUGUUUUUUUUUUUCGAUUUCGAUUUUUUCGAAACAUAUUUUUGAAAGUGAAUGCACGCGAUCGAAAGUGCAAGGCCAUUUUUAUAUGACGAUUUGCCAGUGAAUUGUUUUGACGCUCUUUUGUGUGCGCGUUUUUCUUUCCCCAUUUUUUUUUUUUUUUUUUUAAAUGGUAAAUAGGUUCUUCCCCAC